AUGCAGAAGGGAACACAGUGCCGGUGGAUGACACGGUCUAUCGAGAAGCCCUGGAUCGACAGCAGUGGACUUGCAUCUGCCAGUCAAAACUCACAACAACCACUCGGAAGGUCGACGAUACCAACACGACCGUCUGAUUCGACCAUCCAUCUGAGAACCAUCAGUGAUAGCAACAGCACCUGGAUGCUGAGCCUGGAGACCUUGGACCCAGCCCCGUUCUACUACAGCCAAGCGGAAUGGACCCUGUCAACCGAAAGUCGCGAUGAGUAA